AUGGCACGCAGCCUAACAAUCGGCGCCAGGAACGGUUGGUGGCUGCUGGCUGACGACGAUCUGGUCUGGAGCAACUUGCUCCAGCACAGCUGCGUCGACAUUGAGGCCGAGAAGGACUAUAUGGGCCACAAGCUGCCAGAGAUAGGGAAGAACAAGGCCAUCUUUGCCAGCUGGUACAGGCGCUACAAGGACUUUGCCGACAGCUACACGCGCAUGCGCCGGGCAAUGAACAAGCUCAAGGCGUGGGCCGGCAUAAACUGCCCGCCUUUGCUGCAGAGCCUGUCGCCAGGACUUGGCUGGAUGGGCAGUGAGAGCAUUCCUGUCCGUGAGCUGCUAAGCGUCACCAGCGAUUCGCCAGAGAUGCGCGACUUUAUCAUCGCGUACCAUCUGCAUGACGGGCAGCGGCGGCGGAUGCGGCGAUUCGACAGAUAUGGGCUGUUUGGCACAUACGAGUGCUACGGCGACUUUUGCUCGGUGGUGUGGUUGCCGUCGCGCAUGCUACAGGUCAUGGAGCUCGGUCUCUUUAAAGUCGCUGUAUUCGCCUUAUGCCCCGAAACUCUUAACUAUCUCGGGAUUGUUGUCCAAUGUCCCGACGAGUUCAGUAGGCAGACCCUGAAUCACGUCGUCGAGAUGCAGCCUGGUACAUACAGAUACAGGGACAAGGGGCUGUUUGGCGACUUCUUUACCUCAUACAUCGACCAGUUGGUCGAGGGGCAUUACGAUGUCUAUGACAACAUGAUAUCACUUAUGCCCAACCGCGGGCCAUUCACAAGUACGAGCAUUGUGCGUGGCAUCAAGACAACUGUGUCUGCCAUGUUCUGCGCCCAUCCGGUCAGGUCCCAGCGGCUGUAUCGCUACCAGGCGCUCGGGUACCCGUCAGCACAGCUCAAGUCUGAGAUCAUGGCUGAUCCGCUAUGCAAACGACCAAUUCACGCAGACAGGCGGCGAUGGCGUUAUAGGCAAGCAUCCAUUGCUGACGAGCUUGACCAUGAGAUGCUGGUGGCAUUUGAGGGUGACUUCACCAUGGUUCCUGGAUCGUUGGCGAACCCGCUGGGUCCACAGUUUACUUUGCCUGUUACCCACGUUGAGGUGCCAAUUCCGAACGAGUUUUUCUAA